AGAGCGCUUAUAAUGGAGCCGCUGUCAGCAGAACCUUCUGCUGCUGCUGCCGCUGCUGCUGCCGCCGCCGUCCCUCCUCUUUUUUUUCCCGGCAGAUCUUUGUUGUGUGGGAGGGCAGCAGGGAUGGACUUGAGCUUGCGGAUCCCCUGCUAGAGCAGCCGCGCUUGAGAAGGCGCCGCCGCCGCGAGGAGGAGCCGCCGUCGCCGCCACCCCGAGGCCCCGCCGGACGCAGCCUCUGCCGGCCCGCGCCCCUGCUCGCCCCGCUCGCCCCUCGGCUCCUUGCAGAGUCCCUUCGCGGCGGCAGAUGUGUGUGGGGUCAGCCCACGGUGGGGACUAUGGUGAAAUUCCCGGCGCUCACGCACUACUGGCCCCUGAUCCGGUUCCUGGUGCCCCUGGGCAUCACCAACAUAGCCAUCGACUUCGGGGAGCAGGCCUUGAACCGGGGCAUCGCUGCGGUCAAAGAGGAUGCGGUGGAAAUGCUGGCCAGCUACGGGCUGGCAUACUCCCUAAUGAAGUUCUUCACGGGUCCCAUGAGUGACUUCAAAAACGUGGGCCUGGUGUUUGUGAACAGCAAGAGAGACCGGACCAAAGCCGUCCUGUGCAUGGUGGUGGCGGGGGCCAUCGCUGCCGUCUUUCACACGCUGAUAGCGUACAGUGACUUAGGCUACUACAUCAUCAACAAGCUGCACCACGUGGACGAGUCGGUGGGCAACAAGACCAGAAGGGCCUUCCUCUAUCUCGCCGCCUUCCCCUUCAUGGAUGCGAUGGCAUGGACCCAUGCUGGCAUUCUCUUGAAACACAAAUACAGUUUCCUGGUGGGAUGUGCCUCAAUCUCAGAUGUCAUAGCUCAGGUUGUUUUCGUAGCCAUUUUGCUUCACAGUCACCUGGAGUGCCGGGAGCCGCUGCUCAUCCCCAUCCUCUCCCUGUACAUGGGCGCCCUCGUGCGCUGCACCACCCUGUGCCUGGGCUACUACAAGAACAUCCACGACAUCAUCCCCGACAGGAGUGGACCCGAGCUGGGGGGAGAUGCAACCAUAAGAAAGAUGCUGAGUUUCUGGUGGCCCUUGGCCCUAAUUUUGGCUACACAGAGAAUCAGCAGGCCUAUCGUCAACCUCUUUGUUUCCCGGGACCUUGGUGGCAGUUCUGCAGCUACGGAGGCAGUGGCAAUUUUGACAGCCACGUACCCCGUGGGCCACAUGCCAUAUGGUUGGUUGACGGAAAUCCGAGCUGUCUAUCCUGCGUUUGACAAGAAUAACCCCAGCAAUAAACUGGUGAGCACGAGCAACACAGUCACAGCAGCCCACAUCAAGAAGUUCACCUUCGUCUGCAUGGCCUUGUCCCUGACGCUCUGUUUUGUGAUGUUUUGGACCCCCAACGUUUCCGAGAAGAUUCUGAUAGACAUCAUUGGGGUGGACUUUGCCUUCGCAGAGCUCUGCGUUGUCCCCUUGAGGAUCUUCUCCUUCUUCCCAGUUCCAGUCACUGUGAGGGCCCAUCUCACCGGGUGGCUGAUGACUCUGAAGAAAACCUUCGUCCUGGCACCCAGCUCUGUGCUGCGGAUCAUCGUCCUCAUUGCCAGCCUCGUGGUCCUGCCCUACCUGGGGGUACAUGGUGCCACCUUGGGCGUGGGCUCCCUCCUGGCAGGCUUUGUGGGAGAGUCCACCAUGGUUGCCAUUGCUGCGUGCUACGUCUACCGGAAGCAGAAAAAGAAGAAGGAGAAUGAGUCCGCCACAGAGGGGGAAGACUCUGCCAUGACUGACAUGCCUCAGACAGAGGAGGUGACAGACAUCGUAGAAAUGAGAGAGGAGAAUGAAUAAGCGCUGCAGGGACCCUCGGGAUGACACUUCAGCUUCAUCUCCUCCCUCUCCCAUUGUGUUUUGCUCCUUUUGUUUUUUUGUCAUGAAAGAGGCCUUGAUUCAAAGGUUUCGUGUAAAUUCUCCAGCAUACUAGGUAUGCUCACACUGACAUGGGGACCUAGAGAAGGGUCUUUGCUGUUGCUUUGUUAAAACAAACCAAACAACUGACUUCACACCCCUGCUUCUGAGAACCCAAAAGACACAGCUGCCUCAUGGUCGAAGUUGUGUUCUUCUCCCUCGGACAAUCUCCACUUGGAACCAAAGGACUGCGGCUGUGCCAUCACCUCUUGGUCACCCUGCCCAGCAGGCUACAGACUCUCCUGUCUCUUUUCAUCGCUUUAAGAAUCAACAGGUUAAAACUCGGCUUCCUUUGAUUUGCUUCCCAGUCACAUGGCCAUGCAGAGAUGGAUGCAGCUAGGCCCUAGCGGUCGAGUGCUUCCCUCUGUCGUGCAGUUAUCACUGUCCACCACGCACAUGCAGAGGGCAGGCGGCAGCCACCGUUCACACCAAGGAUCGGAUCUGGGACCACGCCGGGCCGACAUGUGGAAAUAACCUGUAGAAGGUUUGAGACGGAAUGGGAGUAGCAAACUUGCACGGCCGCACGGUAGCUAGCAUUUCACUUUGCGUUCUCCUAGAUUUGCGUGAGCGUCCAUUCUCACCCCCACUGUGUACAUAUGUGAGCUAGCUGCUCUAGGUUGUCACAGAAGCGCAUCUCCAAAUUUCAGCAUCCUUCCGCAUGACUUUCCCCAAAGGCUUGCUUUUCACUUGCCUUUCCUGAAGAUGGCACCAGAGCGAGUUAAAUGGAGCAUUCUAACUUUCCAUUUUAGUUUUACAGCGAACUGAAGCUUUAAGUCAUAAUCUAGCAUUCUAAUGCCAGGUAGCUGUAUCGUAACUUUGAAGCAGAUGUGUUACCUGGCUCUGCCGCCACAGUCCUGACUGUGCGGUGCAGGUAAUUCAGAGUGUCCUAUGGUACUUCCCUCUCACACAGAUAAAGCAAGACAUUUUAUAACGAUAUCAAAAGUCACUAUGUGAUCGUCCUUGAAAUAAUGCAUUUGAAAUCCAUUUAGUGCAGUAUAUUUUUCUAAGUUUUGGAAAGCGGGUUUUUUCCUUUAAAAAAUUAUGGAAACAAUUCACUAAAAUUGUUGAUUUAGUCAAAAUUCCUAGACUGAAAGAACCUAAACAAACAAAAAAUAUUUUAAAGAUAUAAAUAUAUGCUGUAUAUGUUAUGUAAUUUAUUUUAGGCUAUAAUACAUUUCCUAUUUUCGCAUUUUCAAUAAAAUGUCUCUAAUACAAUA